UGAGCCUAAGAGAGAGUAUCCUAUAUAGGAUACGUUGCCUGACUCACCUCUCUUCUCAUCUAAAUCAUUUUCACUCUCCCUCACCUGGCCCUGCACGGUGCUCCUGGAAAAUGCAGAUGGAAAAAGCAACAUUAAUGGCGUCAAAUGGAUCGCCUCCCAUGAAAAACUUGUGCUCCCACAGCAACACCUACCCAAACAAACCAAGCUGGCUUCUUUCCACGCUUUCUGAUUUGGAGGAGAGGAUGAACAAUUUAGCAAUAAACCCAAAAGAAGAGGACACAUUCGCAGAGCGAGCCGAGUCCUACUACAGAAAGCAGCCUCAACUGCUGGCCUUACUCCAAGACUUGUACAGCGCUUACCUUACUUUAUCCGAUCGCUACACACAAUCAGCUCUCUCCAAAAACCACCACCACCGCAGGCACUCUUCUUCCCAAGUUUCCACCACAAUCGACAACGAAUAUUAUUUUGAUCAACAAGAGAAUUGUGGCACUACCACCACUACUAUGACCGAUCAAGAAGACUACUCCGACGUUGAGAGCUCUCUUUCCUACGACAAAGCCAUGUUCGGAAGCACCAGUAGCAGCAGUUCCUAUAAACUUGAGGACGAGGCUAUUGUGGUCUCGGAGCUUGUCAUGAAGAACGUGGAGUUGGACAUCUUGUUGGACGAGCUUGGACAAUCAGAGAGGCGGUGCAACGAGUCCUCGAGGAAGAUUGAGCUCCAGAAGAGCCUGCUAGAGGUGCUGGAGUCCGAGAGGCUGAUAUUGCUGAAUGAGAACGCGAGGUUGGGGUAUAGGGUGGCAGCACUGGUGGAGGAGAAUAGAGGGUUGGCUUCGGAAUCUAUUUUUGCGAAGCGGAAGGCAGCGGAGCUGGCUAGAUGCUUGGUGAUGAUGAGGGAGGAUCAAAGGGUCUCCAUGCUGAGUAGGAAGAUUGAGGAUUUGCAAGGACAGAUAUAUGGGUUGGAGAAGAGGAACAAGGAGUAUUAUGAACAGUUAUCAGUUUCCCAGAAAGGUUGUCAGUUGGAGAGUCUUUGUCAAGAAGAUUAUGAUCAGGAAGAAAACAUUGAUAAAAGUAAGAAAAAUAUGGACAAGAAGAAAAACAAGAAUGAUGUUUUUCUGGAUGGUUGUUUUCAAAUGAAGAGGCUCAACCAGAAGCUGAUGAUGAUGAAAAAGACUAGAGAUCAACAAAGUGGUGGUAAUAAAGAAAAGAAAGGGGGUUGGAGUAUGUGGGGAAAGGUUAAGAGCAUGGACAUGUUUCUAUGUGGGGUCAACCCUAGUUCUGUUUGAUGAUGGUGAUAAUGAUGAAGGUCGUAUGAUUUUGAAGCUUUUGACUUGUGAUAUCACUAUUAUAGCUUUCUUCUCGAUCGUACGUAGUUAUGAAUUUAGAUGGGUAGAGUCAAACAUGUCGUAUAGUCAAGUUCCAAUUUGCUCUAGAGGCCUUUUAUAGAAAGUACAAUUUUAUAACUAUAUUUUUGUAUGUAAUGUACCUAAUCUAGAAACUUUGCAGUAAAUAUAUAUUUUUGAUAAA